AGGGUACAUUAAAGACGGUACCUUGAUAACGCAGCCACAGCGCUGAAAUCACACUAUCAGAGUCUGUGUCUUGCUGUUGCAGAACUGAUCAGACAAGAGGCGACACCCUCCUGCACCUGCACCUGCACCUGCACCCGCACCCGCACCCGCACCCGCACUCGCACUCUACUAGGGUUCUCUGUUCUCCCAUGGCGCCAGCCUUUCUCCCUCUCUUCUACUUCCUCCUCUUCUUCUUCUUCGCAUUUCAUCUUCCCCUCUGCUUCUCCGGGGAAUCGAGCGCCAUGGAGUCGGUUCCUGAUCUUCAGAACACCAUGUACAAGGUCAUCGAUGGAGACCCUUGCGUCCGCCUUCUUAAUCUUUCUGGACCAAUUGGUUGUGCAAAUCCUGGGCGAGAUAAGGUUUUGGCUCCAAUAAUAGGAUUCGAAAAUGUUGAUGGGAUGUCAGAGUCUUCUGCUAUAUUGGUCUCAUUUGAAGAUUUUCCAAGUCUCUUUAACAGAAUAUCAGAUGACUUAAGCUUUGCAAGUAAAGUUGCUGGUGUACUGGUCAAAUCAAGAACUGAUGUGCAGAACAACUUAAAGGGAUUCUCUCCGGAUCAAAAAUUUCCACAAGCUCAAUUUGCUCCUUACCAUAAUUUCAGCUAUGAAUGGAACCCUAUUGGCUCUGGUAUUAUGUGGAAGUACUACAAUUUUCCUGUUUUCUUACUCACAGAAAGUGCCACAGCGACUAUUGAAGAGUUUGUAAUAAGGAAUGAGAACAAAAAAAGAGCUUAUACAUCUAAUGUGGCUGAGUUUGAUCUGGUGAUGCAGACGACAAAAUCUGGAACACAUGAUUCGAAGUCUUGUUUAAAAGAAGCAACUUGCCUUCCUUUAGGUGGAUACAGUGUCUGGUCAUCUCUUCCUCCAAUCAAUGUUUCAUCCUCAAAACAGUCGAAGCCCAUUAUACUGGCAGUAGCAUCUAUGGAUUCUGCUUCAUUUUUUCGGGACAAAAGCCUUGGUGCAGACUCUCCUAUUUCUGGUUUAAUUGCAUUGCUGGCAGCAGUUGAUGCACUUUCUCAUGUGCAUGGUCUUGGUGACCUUAGUAAACAGCUUGUUUUUGCAGUUUUCACUGGAGAAGCAUGGGGUUACCUUGGAAGUAGGAGAUUUUUGGUAGAACUUGAGAUAAACUCAGAUGCUGUUCAUGGCCUUAAUCACUCAUCAAUUGAAACGGUCGUUGAACUUGGCUCUGUUGGGAAGGGUUACAAUGAAGGUGUUAAAAACUUUUUUGCUCACAAAGAAGGGGGUUCUGCUGCCACUGAUAUGACAAUGACUGCCUUGAAACGUGCACAAGAGUCGCUGCUAUCUGCAAACAUAAAGGUUGCAUCUGCAAGUGCCUCAAAUCCAGGGAUACCUCCAUCAUCGUUAAUGACCUUUUCAAAACAGAAUUCAGCAAUCUCUGGUGUUGUCUUAGAAGAUUUUGACUCUGUCUUCGUCAACAAGUUCUACCAUAGUCAUCUUGAUGAUUUAUCGAAUGUGAACUCGUCAGCUGUGGUUGCUGCUGCUUCUCUUGUUGCCCGGACCCUUUACAUACUUGCUAGUGAUUCUAAAGAUGUAGAAGAUUCAGUUUUGGCUUCUAUAAAUGUAAAUGUCUCACUUGUCAAACAACUUAUGGGUUGCUUAUUGGCCUGUGAUCCUGGUCUUUCUUGUGAAUUGGUGAAUAAAUAUAUUUCACCCACAUCAACUUGUCCAAGCCAUUAUGUUGGCGUUAUCGUAGAUGAACCUUCAUCUACACCUUAUCCAGGAUACAUUAAUGAUGUUCCCAGGUUCGUCUGGAAUUUUCUAGCUGACAUAACGUCAAUCCCCAGGGAGUAUAUUAAUAGCUCAGGUUGUCAACAAGGCUGCAGUAGAGAUGAGGUUUGCAUUAAAGCAGAGACAGAUGGCAAGGGAGUUUGUAUUCUCUCUACAACUAGGUACGUUCCAGCGUAUUCAACACGGUUAAAAUAUGAAUCGGGUGUUUGGAAUGUUUUGCCCUCAAAUUCCUCUGACAUCAUGGAGAUUGUGGAUCCUGUCUGGACAGAAAGCAACUGGAAUUCGAUAGGUAUGCGGGUCUACACUGUCCAAAAUGCUGCUUACGACCGCAUUGUUCUGUUUGGGGGUAUUGCUCUGACAAUCCUGUCAUACCUCGGGGUAGCAUUCUCAAGAGCUUUAAUCACCAAAGCUAUGAAGAGGGACUGACAUUUUCUUUAAGGAAACUAAAGUAGAUUUUGUGAAACUAGGGCAUAAGUGAGUAGGGUCAUUUUGAUUGACAAAUUACAAGUGUCUAAAGAAAUUCCAAGGAUGUGCAUUAUUUGGGCCGCAUCCUGGUGCUUGUGAUUUGUGAAUGAUAUUUUGGAAGUUUCUCUAUAGCUACUCACUGUUAUUGAAUUGCCUUGUAGGUAACUGUAAGCAAUUGUGAGUAAAUUAAUGAAAAUAGAGCUUCCUGUAUUGUGUAUUUA